AUGGAUUCACAUUACGACUUCGACUCGUCCGGCGACAUAGAGGACCUGGUGAGACGGUUGUCUAAGGCAGCGAACCACUAUGAGACAGUCCACAACGAUAAAGAACAAAGCGAGGAAGACGUACAGCGCCAGCUGCAUUACAUUUCAAGAGAUAUUGCCUGGCUGGCCCGAGAUCUAUCGAAACACUUCCCACACAUUCAGGCAUUGGAAUUACUGCAUAGAGACUGUUGGCACGCUUUCCUUGGAGAAUUCGACGGCCACAAGGGCGUUCAUCCUGAUACGCACAAGAAUUAUGAUGUCAGUCUUAUCUAUGGGAGACAUAGGGAAGAUUAA